GCGGCCGCGGGUUCGGCUCUCCGCGGCCCGGCUCCCGGUACCGGAUCGGAGCGGAGGGGCCCGGCCCGGUGCGGCGGAGGGGCCGCGCCAUGCCGAGCCGCUCCCCGCCCCGCGCCGCCUGAGCCGGGCCCGCGCCGCCGCCUGCCAGAAAUGGAAACAAACAACCAUUUGAACUUCACUGGCCUUUCCUCUGCACCCGCUGCCUCAGGACCGAAACCCACGCCUGCCUCAGGGGACUCCCCCUUCGCCCACAGCUCCCCGCUCAGCUUCCCCCAGCAAGGGAAAAGUCUGAACGGGGGCAUGAAUGUCAAUGGCUUCUCUACUGUAUCCCACCCCGGUACUUCAGGGACCUUCUCACCCGGCUCUGCUCCCGCCGGGGCCCAACCCCUCCGCACCUACGACUGCCUGUGGGACUACUCACCCUACACACCCGCCGGUGGUGGCGGCCUCAAGGACGGGGGAGGCCCUCCCAACCUCGGACAAUUCCCCCUCAACGGCGUGGCCGGGGGGUCCCGGCCGGCCUCGCCGGGGCACGGCACCAACCUGCGGGCAACCGGGCAGGAGCUGUGGGGCAACGGCACCGCGGGGCCCAUGGGGCUGAGCUUCGACUCGCAGGAGCUCUACGACUCCUUCCACGAGCAGAGCUUUGAGUUGAUGCAGAACGGGCCCGAGGGAUUCUACGCCACGGGUCAGUCCUCAGCCGUGCUGAGCUCAGACACGCAGCCCUUCCCGCUGGCUCCAAACGAGCCAGAGCCCAGCCAGGGAGACGCCGAGGGUGCAGCCAAAGAGAUGCCCAGCACCACCACCAACACCACCAGCAGCACCAUCACGGAGAACGGGGGUGGGCUGGUGGGCAGCCAGGAGCUGGAGGAGGCACAGCCAGACCUGAAGAUCUGCAGCUACAAUGGGGCCACAGCCACUGGCACGGGGUCGCUGGGGCCGGAGGGGGCCCGCAGGUGCCUGGGGGAGGCAUCACCCAUCGCCCCGCGGCUGCAGGACACCCACAUCCUCAGCGAGGACCCCCUGGAGCCCUUCGAGUCCCUGGCCAGAGACCCCGGCACCGGCGACUUGUACGCGAUGGACGACUCGCAGCUGGUGAGCGACAAGUCCUCCUUGGAGGAGCCCCCCGACCUGGCCGCCAGCCCCCCGCUCCACGCCGGCCCCUUCAGCCUGCUGCCCGCCAGCCCCGAGCCCGCCCCGCUGCUCGAUGCCCCCGGCUCGCCGCCCGCCCUGCCCGGCGACAACGGCGAGCUGAAGAGCGGCGACCACGCGGGGCUGCGGGACUCGGGGUCCCUGGAGCUCGACCCUCCGCUGGAGCCGGACUCUCCGGCCCCGUCUGCUGAAGAGGAGGAGGAGGAGGAGGAGGAGGAAGAAGAAGAGGAGGAGGAGGAGGAGGCUGCCGACAGCUGCCCGGAGACUUCGGCCGCGCCGGGAGAGGGAGAGAGCGAGGAGCCGGCCCUGCUGAGUGCCUCGGGGGCAGGUGAUGUCCCUCGGCGGCGCAUCGCCACGCAGGAGGAGGUGCGCUUCCCGCUGCAGCACGGGUGGAGGCGGGAGGUCCGGAUCAAGAAGGGGAACCAUCGCUGGCAGGGUGAGACCUGGUACUACGGCCCCUGCGGGAAGAGGAUGAAGCAAUUCCCGGAGGUCAUCAAGUACCUGAGCAGGAACAUGGUGCAGGACGUGCGGCGCGAGCACUUCAGCUUCAGCCCCCGCAUGCCCGUGGGAGACUUCUACGAGGAGAGAGACACGCCAGAGGGCGUGCAGUGGGUGAAGCUGAGCCCCGAGGAUCCCGGGCGCAUCCAGGCCAUCACGGGCAAGCGCGGCCGGCCCCGCAACGCCGAGAAGGUGAAAGCCAAGGAGCCCCCGGCCACCAAACGGGGCAGGGGCCGCCCGCCCAAGGUCAGGAUGGUGGAUUUGCUCAGCAAGACGGACGCGCGGCUGCUGAAGAGGCUGGAAGCACAAGAGGUGCUCAGUGAGGAGGACAAGCUGAAAAUGAGCAAGAUCAAGAAGAAAAUGAGGCGGAAGGCCAAGAACAAGCAGAAGCAGGAGGCCAAAGCUCCCAGGACCAAGGAGGCCAAGAAGAAAUCCAAGGUGAAAGAAGGGAAGCCAGAGAAGGGCAAGGACAAGGCCAGGCCCAAGGAGAAAGGCCAAGGAGCUCGGAAGGCAGACAAGGGGCUGCUGGCCCAGCGGCGCCUGGAGGAGCGGCGGCGGCAGCAGCUCAUCCUGGAGGAGAUGAAGAAACCCACCGAGGACAUGUGCCUGGGGGACCACCAGCCCCUUCCAGCCUUCUCCCGCAUCCCGGGGCUGGUCCUGCCCAGCCGUGCCUUCUCCGACUGCCUGACGGUGGUGGAGUUCCUGCAGAGCUAUGGGAAGGUGCUGGGGCUGGAGCCAGCGGACGUGCCCACGCUGGGAGCGCUGCAGGAGGGGCUGCUGGGGGCGGCCCCCGGCGCGGGGCAGCUGCAGGACCUGCUGGUGAGGCUGCUGCAGGCGGCGCUCUGCGACCCGGGGCUGCCGCCCUACUGCCAGUCCCUGAAGAUCCUGGGGGAGAAAGUGUCGGAGAUCAGCCUGAACAGGGACACGGUGUCGGAGGUGCUGCGCUGCUUCCUGACGGCGCACGGGGCGGGCGCGGAUCUGUGCGAGGGCCUGCGCAAACCCUUCCAGGCGCUGCCCCCCGAGCUCAAAGCCUCCAUCCUGGUCUUCCUCAUCAACGAGCUCAACAGCAGCGCCCUCAUCAUCAGUGAGAUCGACAAGACCUUGGAGAGCAUGGCCAACUACAGGAAGAACAAGUGGAUCAUUGAGGGGCGGCUGCGCAGGCUGAAGGUCGCCCUGGCCAAGAAGACAGGCCGUCCUGAGUCGGAGAUCACGGGGCUGGAGGACGGGCGGCGCCGGCGCAGCUCCCGCCUGACCGAGGACGUGGGGCUGGAGAUGGAGGAAGAGGAGGAGACCCGGGGGAGGAGAUCCCGCAGGGAGGAGGAGAUGGACACGUCUGCAUCCAGCGUGCCGGAGCUGGAGCGGCAGAUCGAGAAGCUGGCCAAGGGUGAGCUGGUGCUGGAGGGCUGGGGCUCAGCCCUGCUGGGGGGCUGCAGCCCCCUCACCGCCCCCUGCUCUCCUCAGAGGCAGAUGUUCUUCCGCAAGAAGCUGCUCCAUUCCUCCCAGACCCUGCGUGCAGCCUCCCUGGGCCAGGACCGCUUCCGGAGGCGCUACUGGGUCCUGCCCCACCUGGGCGGAAUCUUCGUGGAGGGUGUCACAGCAGCUGAGGCGGUGGCUCAGGAGCCUCCUGAGGAGAAGAUGUCGCCGCUGGUGUCGCCGGUGAAGGAGGAACCGGCCGCCGUGCCCGUCGCCAGCCGGACGAGCUGCCCGACCCCGGCCUCCCGUGCCCGUGGGAGGCCCCGGAAAAGCAAAGAGGAGCUGGCCCAGCACUGCCAGCCCUGCCCCGUGCCCAUCAACGGCGUCCUGGAGGAGCCAGAGCCCCUGGGGCAGAGCCAGCACGACCUCAGCCAGUCGGCGUUCCUGUCCUGGCUGAGCCAGACCCAGUCGUCCCUGCUCAAGGACUCGGUUCUCACCCCGGCCAGCAGCCCUGGCAAAGGGGACACGGGGCUCCCCGAGGCCCCCUCGGACCCCAUGGAGGAGGAAGAGGAGGAGGAGGAAGAGGAGAGAGCCCCGGAGGUUGUGGCAAAGAGAGGGCCCUGGUUUAACCUGCUGCCCCGCACGCCUUGUGACGACCGAGCCCCCCUCGCUACCUCCUCGGCCGAGCCCUCGCCACGAGCCCCCGCAGCCCCCCGCAGCCAGAGCAGGGGGGAGCCCCCCAAGGGCUCAGCACGGCAGCUGAACGGCCUCCCCUCAGACGACCCCACAGCUCCCCUGCUCGCUUCCACGCCGGUGCACGCCGGCCCCAGGGCCCACGGCGCCUGCCCCCGCAGCCAGGGCGGCCUGGAAAAGCUCCAGGACGUGCCAGGACAGCCCAAACGCCGAGGGAGACCCCCCACCAAAUUCUUCAAGCAGAUGGAGCAGAAAUACCUGACGCAGCUGACGGAGCAGCCGGUGCCCACCGAGAUGCAGAGUGGCUGGUGGUGGCUGAGGGACCCCGAGGAGCUGGAGGCUGUGGCACGGGCGCUGCACCCACGUGGCAUCCGGGAGAAAGCCCUGCACAAGCACCUGACCAAGCACAAGGAGUUUCUGCGUGAGGUUUGCCUCAGGAGCACCACUGACCCCAUCUUCCACCCUCGCCCGGACCCGGCCGCCACCGCGGUGUCUCGGGAGGCCCUGGCUCAGUGGUCAGUGCUGGACAGAGCCUACGAGACCGACCUGGGCGUGCUGCAGUGGGUGGAGGAGCUGGAGCAGCGCGUCCUCAUGGCCGACCUGCAGAUCCGGGGCUGGACGUGUCCGAGCCCGGACUCGACGAGGGCUGACCUGAGGUACUGCGAGCACAAAGUGGAGCCCCUGGAGGACAUCACGGUGCGCAGCAGCCUCCGGCGGGAGGCGCUGCCCGUGCGCCGGGAGCUCACCAACCCCCUGGACCUGGCCGUGCUGCGGCUGGCGGCGCUGGAGCAGAACCUGGAGCGCCGCUACCUCAAGGAGCCGCUGUGGCCGCUGCACGAGGUGGUGGUGGAGAAAGCCGUGCUGAGCAACCCCGAGGAGCUGGGCUCGGGCAGCACCGAGAUCUCGUACGAGAUCACGCCGCGCGUGCGGACGUGGCGGCAGACGCUGGAGCGCUGCCGCAGCGCCGCCCAGGUGUCCCUGUGCCUCCUCCAGCUGGAGAAAUCCAUCGCCUGGGAGAAAUCCGUCAACAGAGUGACCUGCCUGGUUUGUCGGAGAGGGGACGAUGACGAGCACCUGCUGCUGUGCGACGGCUGCGACCGCGGCUGCCACCUCUACUGCCACCGGCCCCGCAUGACAGAGGUGCCCGAGGGCGACUGGUUCUGCUCCGUCUGCGUGGCCAGGGCCGGGCAGUACCGGGACCCCAUCUCACCCCGGCGAGGCAAGAAACGGAAACGGGGCCGGGGGCUCGGGGGGAGCCCCGGGGGAAGAGGAGAGGAGGAGCCGAGCCCGCGGCGGCGCCGCCCGGCCCCGAGGCACCGGCGGGGGCUGCCCCCGGUGUCCCCACGGUGUCCCCCCGGGGAGGCUCCGAGCCCGGCCCGCAGGAGGAGCGGGGCCCUGCGGGGCCAGCCCAGCGACCUGACCUUCUGCGAGAUCAUCCUGAUGGAGAUGGAGUCUCACGAGGACGCCUGGCCCUUCCUGGAGCCCGUCAACCCCCGGCUGGUCCCCGGCUACCGCAGGAUCAUCAAGAAGCCCAUGGACUUCGGCACCAUGCGCGCCCGGCUGCUGCGGGGAGGGUGGAUCCUCAAGAAGCCCAAGUCCAUGGGCGCCAUGAGUGCCCGGCUGCUGCGGGGAGGGUGA